UAAAUUUGAAACAAAUAGUUUGUGUUCAACUUUUAAAGAAAAUGAGUGAUCUAGGGUUAAACAGUCAUCACACUGACGUCGUAGCCAAUUACAUGGCAUUUACUAAAUUGCAAAGGGUUCAGAAUUUGCGGACUAUAGAUGGUCUUUUUCAAGACGUGUUUGAUUCAAGACUGCUAGACAGCUCCUACACUGUUGACGAAGUACAGGAUAUUUUGUACAGUUUGAGGAAGUUGUUGAAGGGAGAGCUUGAAUCUGGGUUGAUGGAUGUAAACCACAUGAAUGUCCUUUUACUUCAGCAGCUUUUCUCGCAGGCCGAAAACUGGCACCUGAGGCUUGAAAUUAAUUUAUCAGAACUACAGAACAGAUCACUUUUGGAGGUGGUGAAAGAAAUUGAUCUAAAUGGAUUUAUACCAAAGGAGAAUCGAUUGAAAAAGCUAGAUGAUCCAAAUGAUCCUAUAGGUUUAUUGCAACUUGAAAUCAAAAGACUUGAGAAGGACUUGGCAAGAUAUGAAAAGGAAACUAAAAGUCUAAAUCAACAAAUCCAAAAAAUGGAAAAAGAAUUGGGUGCUAAGCAAAACGAUGAAGGGCAACAUGAGCUGAUUGAGGAACUGCAUGAAAAGAUAGCAAUUUUUCAAAAAAAAGUUCAGGAGUUGGAGCAGAAAUUAAAAGAUGCCGAAAAUAAUAUAUCCAUCAAAGAUACUCAGAAAACUUCUGAGCCAACUUCUGAUGAUGAUCAUGAAUUGAGAGCCACCAGAGAAAAACUAAUUCAGACACAAUGCCAAUUAAAACUUGCAGAGCAGGAGCUCGAAAGAAAAUUCAAAGAGACGACUGCUUUCCUUAAUAUGAAAAAAAUGCUAGACACUAAAAAUGCACAGAUUAAACUGUUGCGUAAUCAAUUGAAGGAAAAUGAAGACGAUUUUGAAGAUGAAAACUCUGACUCGUCUAUAAAAAAUCAUUCAUGCAGUGAUUGAUUUUGGAAAUUUUAAGCAAGGGAAAUAAAAAGAUAUGAAAAUAUUUUAUUUAAAAUCACGAAUUCUUGCUGCUUAAAAUUCUUAUAAACAAGUACUGCU